AUGUCUGAUCAAGACAUUCGUCCUGAUAAAUAUAGUGAAUUACGAAGUAAGUAUAAAUACUACAUAGAUUCAUUUAAUGCAUUGUAUCAUCUAAAAGCAGAAAAUGACGAAGACUUAAACAAGAUUUACAACAUGAUCAAAACAGAAUUGCUUGAUUCAAAGAAAUAUCUGCCUUCAAAUAUCGUAAGAGACAUUUUAAAUAUUAUUCCACUUAAUAAUCGCUAUGCAAAGGCAUAUUUAUCUCUUGCCAAACAGAUAUCUGAUGAUUAUCAUGUAAAAGAGACCAACAAUGUUGAAGAUGUUUCAGAUUACCUGUUUUAUAAAGAAUAUGGCAUAAGAUUUAAAAAGUAUAUUAGAUUUGAAAAAAUCAUCACAGAAAAACUCGAUUUUCUGACAGAAGAUACAAUUUACAGAGCAAUUAAGAAUAAUGACUUAGAAAAAUUCAUUUCGUUCACAGAAAGAGAAGGAUUUGAUAAAGAUCAAGAACUUUGCAGCAGAUUAUAUCCAGCUUUAUCUGGAUGUUCAUUACUUGAAUUAUGUUGCUACUACGGAUCUGUUGAUUGUUUCA